CUCGUACAAUGCUGCGCCCAUGUCUAAAUAUAAAACAACCUCAUUAUUAGAAAUAUCAAAUAUACUUCGUCAACCCACCAGCACUGACAGCAAGCGGUGCAAGCAAGUGCACACAGUGAGUUUCUGUUGAUUGAUUUAAUAAGAAGAUAUUUUUAUUACACUACACAGUUAUUUUGAUUGUGUUUAACAAAAUGCAAAAUAUAAUAUUGUUGGUUAUUGCGACUUCAGUUUUGGGAACAGUGCAUUCUUUGGAGUGUUACAAUUGUAACUCGACGAAUGCUGUAGACAAGCCUGAUGCCUGUAAAGGAUUGGAAUCACUGACUAAAUGUACCGAUCCUGCACUUUGCUUAAGUGCCACCGUUAUUAUUGAAGAUGGUCCCGUAAAAAAAUACAGCUCCAUCAAGCAGUGCCACAUCCCACAAAACGGUCAAGAAUGUGAGAACUUCCUUAAGAACCUAAAGAACAUGUAUCCUAGCUCCAAAGUGGAGUUGUUCAACAAUCAGUGUAAAACCUGUGACAAGACAGGUUGUAAUAAGUCAGGAGCUUCCACAACAAUGCCAAUACUAUUCACGCUUCUCGUAUCUUAUGUAUUAUGUAAAUUAAUGUAAGGAAUGUACGAGUUAAAUAAAUUACUGUUAAUUGAAGAUAA